ACCGUCAUAUAUGAACAAGCUCGUAGCUAUCAGACGGUUUGCCACGAGCCGGGUCUGGCGAAUAACACCACUCGAGCUCUACGACACCCGCGUCCAGGCGGGCCGGCUUAGGGAUGACUCGUACCAGCGGAAGAUCAUUUCCAACCUUUCGGUGCUCCACCAAAACUUAAGUGAAUAUCAACCUCCCCCAGUUGAAACUCCCAAUAUCGACGACCUCAAGCCCAAAUCGAGUUUAUCCAAGCUCUUGGGCGGCUUUCUCCGCUCCACCAGCAUCAAGGAACCCAACGUCGACGAGUUAUUGGAGAAAGAUAACCCCGUUAAAGGCAUAUACCUCUAUGGAGAUGUCGGGUGCGGUAAGACCAUGUUGAUGGACCUUUUUUAUGAGACUAUCCCCGGGCAUUUGCCCAAGAAAAGGCUUCAUUUCCACCAGUUCAUGCAAAAUCUCCACAAGCGGUCGCAUCAAAUCAAGCUUGAACACAACCAUCAUGACAUGGACGUGAUCCCGCUUUUGGCGAGCGAAAUCGCUCAGGAGGCCACCAUCUUGUGUUUUGACGAGUUCCAGGUGACGGACGUGGCAGAUGCGAUGCUCUUGCGGCGGUUGAUGAUGAUGCUUCUCAGUCCCGAGUACGGGGUGGUGCUUUUUGCCACUUCCAAUAGGGCUCCCGAUGACCUCUACCUCAACGGUAUCCAGAGAAAACUGUUUAUUCCGUGCAUAAAGUUGAUCAAAAAACAGACCCGGGUCAUCUACCUCAACAGCCCCACCGACUAUAGGAAAAUCCCGCGGCCCAUGUCGCUGGUGUACAAGUACCCGAAGCCGGGGGUCAAAUACACCUCGAAGCUGUUCCAGGCCCUGAAGGCAGCUCAUAUCCAAGAGUGGUAUGAGUACUUUAACAAGGAAAACGACGACCAAACAGUGGUACUAAACUACAGGUUGAACGUAUGGGGCCGCGAGUUGGUGGUUCCCCGGUGUUCUUAUCCGUAUGUAGCUCAAUUCAGUUUUGAGGAUCUCUGUGGAAAGCCUCUCGCAGCUGGAGACUAUUUAACGUUGGCCACGUCCUUCCAGUCCUUCAUUAUUACCGACAUUCCGUACUUGAGUAUCGAUGUGCGGGACAAGGUACGGCGGUUUAUUACGUUGUUGGAUGCCAUUUAUGAUAAUCAUGACCGGAUUGCCGUGACCCUGGCGGCCAGUUUCCAGGACUUAUUUGUGGAGCCGGAAGAUUUACAAAAGGACAACUUUCUGUUGUACAAGAAGCAACAGGAGCAGGGGAGCGAGGAGACGUUUGAAGAUGAUGAGUUGGUGACGAAGCAUGGGUUUGAUAAGAGGGUUGCAAAAACCGCGUCGAUGUUUGCCAACGACGAGGAGAAGUUUGCGUUUGCCAGGGCCUUAUCGAGAUUGAGUCAGAUGAGCACGACCGACUGGAUUGAGAGUGUGAGGCCGGUGGAGAGGUGACCAUUGUCGAGACAAUCCUAUUUUUCAGCUACACAGGAUUUAAGGUUCGGUUGCAGACUACCAGCCUAGGCACUAUUUAUUAACUAUAACUAUUUAUUAGACAUUAUUGCACAUUAUUAUCACCUAUUAUUAUUACACAUUAUUAUCACGUAUUAUUAUUACACAUUAUUAUCACACA